AUGCGAAUGUUACCCGCGUUGGCGUUCCUGCUACCUGCCGAGGUUCGAGAUGCUUUUCACGAGCUUCUCGAGGUUUUUCCUAGUGAGGCCACCGAUCUGGCCAUGUACUUCGAAGACACCUACGUUGGCCGCCGAAGGCGCAAUGGAGUUCAGACAGCCAUGUUUCCAUCGAGCCUAUGGUCCGUGCAUGAUGCCGUGCAGCAAGAUAUGCCACGGACGAACAACUCUGUCGAAGCCUGGCAUCGAGGCUUCCAGUCGAACGUCGACUGCUGCCUCCCCAACCUCUGGGCCUUCCUGAGGUGCCUCAAGGAUGAACAAGCACUGCAGGAAAUGAAAAUGGCCCAGCUAGACGCGGGACAACAGCGGCCGCGUCUCGCACGGAAAUAUAAAAAUGUUAAUGAGUGCAUUUCCAGGGUUCUAGAGGAGCACUCCAGUGGAUCUCCUCUAUGCACUCUUCAGAAUAUUGCAAGAAAUAUCCGUUUUUGUUCCCGAUGCGACCUGUGUCACGUCCAGAAUGACUAUGCCACAUCGUUGCUGUCUCAUUUUGUCGAUAUGUUUGCAGAGCUGUACGGAGAGCAUUUCGUGUCCUACAACGUACAUGGCCUGCUACAUCUUGCAGAUGAUGUCAAAGUGCGUGGUCCUGUUGACACGUUUAGUGCAUUUCCAUACGAAAAUUACAUGCAGACACUGAAGUGA